AAACCCUGGCAGCUCUGGUCAUACGUCACUUGAUAUUGUGAUUUUGCAUUGUUUUGCAGGUGUAAGAUUAUGGAUUAAAAUUGAAAGAAAAUGAUCAAAAUCUAAAUGUAAAUUGUGGUAUUAAAGGUGCAUAUAAUUUUCUUUGAUAAUGUGUUCAAUUGACACAAUAAAAUAUUUGACAAUUUUUAAGCUUCACAAUGACGAAUCCUGCUUUAAAUGUUUUGUUAACCGGAGAACCAGAAGUAACCGCAGACAAUGAUAAGGUUAUCAAUUUGAUUGAGGAAAAUCUAUUCAAAUUACAUUGUUUAAUAAAAGCAAAUGGAAUUCACCUUUGCACAAGACAUGAAUAUCAGGGUAAAGAAUUACUUGCUUUUACAACUGGAAAAGUGAAUUUGUGUCUCUAUUAUCUUUUUGACGUUUCUCAACCGCCAAUUGUAAAAAAUAUACCCUGGUUUCUUUCGCCAAAUAAAACAAUAUCGGCACUUUGUUUUGAUCCAUCGGGAUAUUGGCUCUUGGUGGCUAGUCAGGAUGGUUCUCUGCAUAUUGUGGCUGCUGCAAGUUUAGUUGAUUCAAAAAGAAAAACUAAUCAACAAAAAUGGAAAGAAGCUGAUGACAUUAUAUCUCUGUCGUCGUUAAAUUCUCAGUCAUGCUGCUCAAGACCAAGUUCGCUGAUAUGGUGGCAAUGUAUGGCAACUUCUUGCCAAACCGGAAUCAUUGGAACAGAACAAGGAGAAAUAUUGUUCAUCGAUUUAGAUACAGGACAGCAAAUCGGUUUAACACGAAUCGAUGAUUAUAUUUCGAGUUUUCAAAUUUGUCAGGACACUGAAUUGGAUACAAUUAAUCUCAUUAUAACUAGUCAAUCAAAGAAACAGUGGCUACUUGUUUUGGAGCAACCUGCCAAGGGUUACAUUUACACGCAAAGCAAUGGAUCGAGUGCAGCUUCUUCAGAAGAUAACGAAAAUACUUUCACUUCUACCAUAAAAAAAUGGCAAAGUAAGUCUCGACUUAAGGGACUAAAGCAGCUUUCUUUCGAUAAUUUUAGUAUUCUUAAAAAAAAGGCAACGAAAAAUAAACAUGGCAGUUCUCCGAAUUCAGGAACAAUCAGUGGUAAUAAUUAUUCACAGUGUAAUGGCUCUGAAAAUUAUACGAAUCCUUUACCAGCGAGUAGCCUCGCUUUUUUAACUUUACAUUACGCAGAUCAUGGACGUCGCUUAUACAGUCGUUAUUUUUCGCCUAAAAGUCUUUUAACAAUUCACGAGAAUAGUACAUCGUUACUUCCUCUGUGUGCAUAUAAAUUACCGGACAAUAGUAAAGAUGUUUUAUUAACGCAACAUUUAUUUUAUGUUAUUGAUCGACCAUCGUCUCGAUUGUCAAUAAUAUCACGCUCUCUUUCACAAGAUAAAUUAAAUGGAAAUUCUCAAUUUAAUCGAGAAUCAAUAAUUGCUCAAUUUUCAUUUGGAAAACGAAAUGAAGUUAUAAAUGGUCUAUUUGUAGCCAAUAGUUGUGAUAAAAUUACACAAGAAAAUUCUUUUCACAAUAAUGAAGAAAUUUACACAAUUCCUAAAAUUAUUAAGGACCUGAAAAUUAAACUUGUUCCUGUAAAUUCAUGUAUAAUUGUUACAAAUUGUGGAAUUUAUCGUGUCACUCUGAGGUGCAGUUUGUUAUCCAUUUUUAUGGAUUUAAUUAUCAGUCGGGCGGAGUUGGACAAAGCGAAAAGAUUGGCUAAAAUAUUUGGCUUGCACAUUCGACAACUACUAGAAUAUGCUGGAGAUAUUCUUUUGGCAAAUGAUAAAUUUUAUCAAGCAACUAACAUGUUUAAAGAAGCAAAGUGUCGACCUUCGAAGAUUUUUGCAAAGCUCGCGUCAGUGGGAUGUACAAUGGAACUUUUGAAUUGUCUCGUUCAUUGUCUGGAACAUCCUUCGCAAUAUAAAUUGUCAAUAGCAGAAAGAAUGUCCUUGUCAAAUCUAAGUAUAAUAGCUUUCACAGAAUUAUCCGUGAGAGCUACAUCCCCAAGGGAGCAGACUAUUUACAAGAAAUUCACAGAGUUUUUAUCGGCAAAUCUGUUUUAUGAUGAACUCGUGGCCGUCAGUAUAAUCGGUCAAGCGCACUUGUGGAAUAUUUUACAUCAUUUAGUAAUUAAAAGAGGCCUUUUUGCUCAAGUAUUAGACAUACUUAUGAAGACUUUACCUCUGUUUUUUAACUUUAAAAACUCCCAUCUUAAUACUAAUAAUGAUUUACUAGUUACUAUAAGUGAACCAAUCUUAAUUCGUGGAAUGAUAGGAAAUCUCAGUAUUGCUAAAAGCCACAUGUCUUUUGUUCUUGCCAAUCUUUCUUCUCUACAAGAGUUUGUUUUGCAGAGAUUAAUUUUGUUAUACGAUCCAACAAAUCCUGUUUUGAGGCCUUUAAUGGCUCAGUGUAAAUCACAAAGAAGAAGUGAUUCACGAAAUUCACUUACUAAUUCUUUAGAAUCAAUAGACCUACAGGAGGAAAUGUUUAGCUUGGCGGAAAAAAUAGUGGAAAUGUUUUUAAUGAUUUUACUUGUACUUAUUCAGAAAACAACACCCGUUUUAAAUCAUAAUUCAGACUUGAUGAAGAUGAUCUCAUUGUCGCAAAUAAAACUGUAUAAAAAAGAUGCGACGAAUUUACAGUAUAAACGAAGAUUUAUGAGUUGUGGUUUUUCGCAUGUCACUCUCCUCAGGAAUAAAAUUAUCUACAAUUGGGGUAGCACCAUCUCUGGAAGUCUCGGCACUGGUCCAGUAUCGGGGUCUGUGUAUGAAACACCCCAAGAAAUAAUAAUAUUCCGUCGAAUGGGAAUUGAAGUGAUUAGCGUGUCAAGUGGACAUAGUCAUACAUUGGCAUUGACAAAUAAUGGAAUUUAUGCAUGGGGUGGAAAUCAGUAUGGACAAGUUGGUCUCGAUUAUCUCUCGCAAUGUCCCAGUCCACAAUUAAUUUCAUCCCUUUCUGACGAGACAAUUGUUGACGCCGUGGCAGGUCAAUAUCAUUCCAUUGCCUUGACAUCCGAUGGACGAGUUUUCACUUGGGGUUGGGGAGUUCAUGGUCAAUUGGGCCAUGGUAGCAUUGAAAAUAUUUUCAUUCCAACUGUGAUUACAUCAUUACUUGGUAUUUCAAUAAAACACAUUACGGCUGGACAUGCGCACACAAUGAUUCUUUCGUCGGAAAAUAUUGUUUAUGUUUUCGGUUGUAAUAAUGUUGGACAAUUGGGAACGGCAAAUACAAAAAAAUAUCUUAUUCCCACUGCUGUUCAAUUGUUGUCAGAGAAAAUAUCAUUGAUUGCUACUAAAUAUUUUCAUAAUCUUGCUGUCACGAGUUCGAAUAAAUUGUACGUAUGGGGAAUAAGUCCGCGAGAAUUGCAAAUGCAAAAAUUACGUGCUUCGGAUUUGGAGUCAACUGAGAAGAAGCAAAAUUGUUUAUCGCCGUCUUCCUCAGAGAACGUUAAUGACGAUAGUCAGUUGAGAAAAAAUUGUGCCAAAACGGAGGAUAUUUCUAAUUUACUUGUCGAACCAAAUGAUUCUGCACAAAAUUGCACAAGUCAAAAGAACGAUCGUAUUUCUCAUUCAUCCUUUUGUAAUGGGGAUUCACACAAAAUUAAAGAUAAUAAUAAAGCAUUUGUAGAAAACCAUUUUUGCACAUCGAAUCAAAAGGUGACGAAAAAUAGUGAAAAAUUAACGAAAGAAGAACAGGGCAAGCGUUCGAAAAAUUACAAAUUUGCUCGAUCUUAUUGGAUGCCAACUCUCGUUGAUACGAGUUUGGUGAAAGGAAAAAUUAUCCAAGUAUCAACUGGUUGGAAUCAUUCGGCACUGAUAACAAAAGAUGGAACAGUGUACAUUUGGGGUAAAAAUACGAGUGGACAAUUGGGCAAUAAUAAUCAUUUUGAUAUUUUUCGACCCACGCCAUUAAUUUACAAUCCUGUUUUAUCAUUUUCUCAAGUACCCUCGAAAAGCGCUGGUCGCAUGUCGAAUGACGAAGGGGAUAGUUUAUUAAAAAAUGGCACAACAUCAAAUUAUCGGGGGAAUUGUUUAAAGGAAAAUUUCGACAAUGAUGAUAAAGAUAUUGACAAUAAACGACUUGAAAGAGAUGAAAUUAACGGUGACAAUGACGAGGACUAUGUUAAUAAUGUUAAUAAUAAUGAUGAUGAUAACGACAGUGCUUCCGAUAAUGAUGAUGAUGAAAUUAGAAAUAGUUCAAAUUACCACAAUGAUUUUAAUGAAAAAGAUGUUGAUGAUUUUGAAAAUUGUAUCAACUCAAAUAAUUCAGUAAUGAAAGCCAUUGAAAUUUCUUGUGGAAACAAUUAUACUGCUGCAGUACAACAAGGGGGAGCUAUUUUGGCUUGGGGUAGAAUAGGAAUUUCAACGUCGAAGCCACCGACUCUGAUCCAAAUGCGAAAACGAUCAGAUAAACAAAACUGUGAUAAUGUUGAAGAGACUUCAGUAACACUUAAAUAUUUAUUAAAUACAUUUGGAUCGCAAAAAAAUGAAGGCGUUGUAUGUAUAAGUAAUCCUAGUCAAGUACCUAACAUUCCAGCACCAGUUAUUUCUUAUCAAAGUUAUGACAUUAUUCCACUCGUUGGAUUUAUGCCGACAUUUGAUUUAGUUGAAGAGUUUCCGAGAGAACGAAUUCUCCAUUUUACAUUGGAGCAAUUUACUGGAUUUUAUGAUGUACAUAAAAUUAUGAAAAAGUGUAUAGCCCUUGGUAAUCAUCAAGCUUGCUCUAAAUUAGCAUUGUUAGAGCACAAUUUCUCCGAAUCGUUGAUGUAUCAAUUGAAAUCGAUAACUGAUCUUGAAUUGGAAAAUGAAAUCAAAGAAAUGAAUGAUAUCGCAGAGUCACCACAGAAGCAAUUUAAUUCUCUUGAUUUAAAAGACCAGAAAAAUGAGAACAAAACAGUAAUCGAAGAUCGAGAUGAUAAAGAAAUGAAAAAAGUGGAGAAGAACAAAUUUUCCGAUUUUUGUGAUAAAAAUGAAGAAAAUCGAUUUAUUGGCAAAUCAUUAACACUCGAUAAUAUAAAUUAUAAUUCAUUGUCAUUGUUCAAUGAUAAUAUUCAAAAAGAUCUUGUCAAUAGUUACGAGGAAAGUGUCAAUAAGUCACGAAUUAAAAUGCCAACCAGUAAAUCGAUGGAUACACUUUCAUCGAUGGAAAAUGAAUUGUAUACAUUUAAUUGUCAAGGCGGAUCGGAGGAAAUGUACGGACAAGUCGAGGAAGAUAAUAAUAUAUCAGAACACUUGACAAUGACGAACACAAUCGAUGACGAAUUAGCGAGUGACAAUUCUUCCGAGAAAAUGAAAAUGAAUGAUUUCAUUUUUGACGAUAUGGAUAAUUAUCCUGAAUCAAGUGGCAUAAAGAAAGCAAUGAAUAUCGUUGAAUUUUAUAUUAAUGAAACGGAAAAUUUUAAUUACACAAUUGUGCGUGAAGUUUUAUUAAAAGCCAUUAAUAUUUGGCUUGACCUUCGUCUUCCUCUUCGAUAUCUUGAACAAGUCUUCCUUCAAAAUUUAGAUAAAGUCUUUUAUCCAUUGGGAUUGAUUCUCUUUUGCAAAAAUAAUUUAAGUGACGAUGCAAAUAAUGAUGAGAAGGAUCAUGAUAAAAGUGUAACAAAUGCAAUUAAUUCCUUGUCUACAAAAUUAAAAUUAAACAUUUGUUCUACUCUUAUGCGACAUAUUAAUCAAGGCAAAACAACUCCAGAGUUUGUGGAACUUUUAUCUCAAUUAAUUGCCAAAUGUUUUGGACCACCAUUGACUGGUUAUCCAGGAUCAAGUGAAAAUCACACAAUGGACCAGAUGUUAGAAGGAAUGAAGUCUACAUUAUCGUCAAAACAAAGCGAUCCUAGACCUUUUAUCCACAUUAAGGAUCCAGACAAAGUGUCUCAUUUAUUAGAAAUGGAGAAAGACACAAUGGUUUUUACCUGUGGACAUUAUUAUCCAAUUUCAUCGUCAGAAUUUGUGCCACGUUUGGAAACGGAAUUAUUGGUAUCUCAUCUUCCUUGUACAGCGGAAGUUUUGGGAAGAGUGUUUCAGCAAAAAGGACAGUUAGAAACCCUUUGUCCUCAGUGCAUACCACGUGCUCUUCAAACAGUCAUUAAUAACUCAACUAAUAGAUAAGAAAUUAACUUGUGCUCCUUCCCUCUUAACCCCUUCACAGUGUUUGACGUCUAUAGAGGCAAAAAUAAUUCGUGCCCCCAGUGUGUAUGACCGCUAUAGCGGCAUCGAAAAAAAAGAUAUAUAAAAGUUAACGAAUCUUGCUAAAAAUGUCUACUCGGGGGUUUUCGGGGUCGCUGAAUCCAAAUCUGUUAUUGAAAAUUUUAAAUUCAAAAUGGCGGCUUCAAAAUGGCGACCAAAUUUUUUUUUAAGUUUACGAAUUUGGCUGAAAAUGCUCAUUCGGGGGUUUUGGAGGUCUCUAAAUCCAAAUAUUUAGUCAAAAAUUUAAAAUUCAAAAUGGCGGCUCCAAAAUGGCGACCAAAAAAAUUUAACAGUUUACGGAUUUGACUAAAAAUGUUUACUUGAGGGUUUUUGGGG